UGAGAUCACCUGGGAAGAACAUAGAACCAUGAGGGCAAAUAGCCCAAGUUUAGUCCUAAAGAUCCCAAACCUUUAGACAAGAAGAAGAAAUGGCAAAAGAAUCUAAGAAGAAAUAAUCAGAAAGAUAGAAGGAAAGCCAUGACAGUAGGGUCUCAUGAAAGCCAAGGUCUAGGGUGGGGGAGAAAUGUGGAAUUGAGAGGAGAUGUUAAAUAGUCAUUAGGAGAGUAGGGAGGGAAGUAUUGCAGAAUUGAGCACUACUGGGCCGUGUAGAGAUCCAGGUGACAUUAGUGGUUAUACAUUUACCGUGUUUCUAAUCUGUUUGGGGGUGUGUCUAGCUAUUCUCACUGGUACAAAUAUAGGUCCAGAAAAGCCAGAGUGACUGGGAUUUAGCUGGGGAAACUUGAAGGAAGGAGGGAGAGUCAGGGGAUUGAAUAUAUGUGUGAGAGGGGGCUUAUCAGUAGGAUAAAGAGAGAAAUGAAGGUGAUGAAAAGAGAGCCUCCAUGGAGAAUAUGGGUCAAUGUAUUGGAGUGAUAUAGAAAUUACUUGACUAAACUGUAAGGAAAGCAGCUUGUCAGAGGGUGGCAGGCUUCAAUUCAUGAUCUGGGAAGUGUUCGGUUUCUGCUGAUGACAAGAUGCAGGGUGUGGCCACGGAAUGAAUUGCCAAGGAAGCGUGGAAGAAAAGGGCCUUGGAGCAUUCUGGUUGUCCCCUUGGUCUGAAAUGCUCUUCACUUCCUCACUCUGCUUGGCUGGCUCCUUGUCCUUCUGCCUCUCCUUAAAAUGCUACUGAUAACUCCAUCUGAACUACUGCUUCUUGGGAUACGUUCCUCAUGCUAUGGAAUUGCAAGCCACAAGCUAGAGCUUUCAGAUAUGUGGGUCACAAGGAUGUGGUAACCAGCGUGCAGUUUUCCCCACUUGGAAACUUACUGGCAUCUGCUUCAAGAGACAGAACCAUUAGACUCUGGAUUCCUGAUAAGAGAGGAAAAUCCUCUGAAUUUAAAGCUCAUACAGCUCCAGUUCGAAGUAUAGACUUUUCAGCCGAUGGCCAGUUUCUAGCUACAGCUUCUGAAGACAAAUCUAUCAAAGUAUGGAACAUGUAUCGCCAGCGUUUCUUGUAUUCCUUGUACCGACAUACCCACUGGGUACGCUGUGCCAAAUUUUCACCUGAUGGAAGGCUGAUUGUAUCAUGUAGUGAAGAUAAAACUAUUAAAAUUUGGGAUACCACAAAUAAGCAGUGUGUUAAUAACUUCUCAGAUUCUGUAGGGUUUGCAAAUUUUGUGGGUUUUAACCCUACUGGUACAUGCAUAGCUUCAGCAGGUUCUGAUCAUACCGUGAAAAUCUGGGAUAUAAGAGUAAACAAAUUGCUCCAGCAUUAUCAAGUUCACAGCGGUGGAGUUAAUUGUGUGUCAUUCCAUCCUUCGGGUAACUAUCUCAUCACUGCGUCUUCAGAUGGCACACUUAAGAUUCUGGAUCUCUUAGAAGGAAGACUUAUAUACACACUUCAAGGACAUACGGGACCUGUCUUUACUGUUUCAUUUUCAAAAGGUGGAGACCUAUUUAGUUCCGGAGGUGCAGAUGCACAGGUCUUAUUAUGGAGGACUAAUUUUGAUGGCUUGAAUUGUAAAGACAUUAUUAAAAGAAAUCUCAAAAGAUUACAUUUUGAUUCAUCACCACAUCUUGUUGAUAUAUACCCAAGAACACCACAUCCCCAUGAAGGAAAAAUUGAGACUGUUGAAAUUAAUCCAAAGCUUGAGGUAAUCGAUUUGCAGACUUCUUCUCCCCCUGUUAUGGACAUCCUUUCUUUUGAUUCUACUACAAUAACAGAUACCACUGUUAGAACCUUAGCAGACAAAGGUGAAGAGAUCAACAGUUAUUUCUUGAACCCUUCUUUAUUGUCAUCGGAAUGUUCACCAACAACCUCGAAAAAGAAAACAGAAGACACGAGUGACUUCCCUUCUGAGAGCCAGAGAAGCAUACCACUCGCCGUGACUGAUGCUUUAGAGCACAUCAUGGAACAACUCAGUGUUUUGACACAGACUGUUUCAAUCUUGGAGCAGCGACUGACUUUGACAGAGGAUAAGCUGAAAGACUGCCUUGAAAAUCAGCACAGGCUUUUCAAUGCUAUCCAGCAGAAAAGUUAAAUAGAAAAGUAUGAGCAGAGGCAUGAUAAACGAACACAGGUACAUAGGCUCGGGAAGGUAGUACGAGACGCUCCCUUCAUGCAACACAACCGUGUGCUGGUUAUAAUGAUCAUGGCAUCUCUUAAAAGGGUGAGCAACAGAACCAAAGGCAGAAAAGGCACAAUUAACGACCAAUUGAAACACACAAGUCAAUGUCAAGGACUAAUUCAAAUCAUUACUGAUUAUAAUUGCAGUAAUAAAGUGGUAAGUAUUCAAGUGGC